AUGCCUUACCCUCUCGAUACGCACGUCCUGACAGUGGACACCAAUGUCAUCAACAAGGUCGAUACCUCAAAUCCUCAGAACCUAUACAGCAUGUGGACUGUCUUUGCCAAGUGUGCAGAGUCUGUUGAGCAGGGCCGUAGGUUAGAGAACCUCAGCUGGCGAUUGUGGAACCGUGAAACGUUCUGCUGCACCGAGGAGGAACAAGCCUCCAUUACCGCCACCAGCUUGCCCAGAGAGAUCCCCCAAGCCAGCAGAAUACAAGAUAUCCCUCAAUUAUCCGGCAGUGUCGAGUCAGAAAACGACGACGAGGCAGUCGACUUCACUUCAUUCCGUGGCAAGGAACGCCACAUCACUUCCGGCGACUUCGAGAAGAUGGUCGUCUCCAUUAUCAAGGAAAACGAGCCCUUGUCCGCACCUCUCCCGCAAAUGACCUCCCCUUACAUGCCUCCCAUGAAGGAGACUCCCGACCUGGCCCCCGCCUCCCCCGUCUACGAGCACUCUGGAUCUACCACAACCGAGUCGCCUUGCAAGUCAUCGGAAGAAGAGCACUCUCAAGAGCCGACCUCACCUGAAAUCACUUCUCGCACCACCGUGGUCCGCGGCUUCUCUCCAUCCCAGAUUCCCAGAGCCAUCCCUGCUUCUCCCAAGGUUAUCUCUCCCGCCGCCAUCCCCGAGCCGAGAUCAUCGCCCGCUGCCAAGCCCAUCCUGUCCAAGAAGCAACCCAUGUUCUCCAUUGGCGAGUCUUGCUCCUCAAGUGAACAAGGCCACAGCAUCGAGAACCUCAGACCCAUUCCCGCUCCUGUCCAGAAGCGCAAGAUGUUCCAGGUCGGCGGCUCCUCCGAGGAGGACAGCUCUCUCAAGAGUGCCCUCGCCUCCCAACCCGGCUCCCUGCUCACCGGUCAGAAGAAGACGACUUCCUUCGCCGACCACGUCUCGACCCGCAUGAUCAACGACGACAACUCUGCUAUUGCCGACGAUUCAGAGACCGACUACGUUGACGAGAGCGCCAUUGAUGAUGACGACGACUCUUCCGACUGGGAAGACUCCAUCGAGGACAGCAACAAGUCUAGCAUCGAUGAGAAGACCUUCUUCCAGCGCGUCGACUCCAAGGUCAACUUGACUUCGCGCCGUUCCCUGAUCACGCUCAUGAUGACUGAGCAGAACGACCGCUCCAGUAAGCUUGGCAACAUUGCCUCCCAGUCCACUUCGGCACUCCCUUGGUCGCGCACUAGCCACCCGGCUCCUCCCACCUUGGCCGUCUCCCCCAACGACUCUGAUGACGCCCCUCUCAUGAUGAAGCGCGGCAAUCGCUCUUCUCCCCUGAAGCCCAUCAACGAGGUGCCUCGCUCGGCUGCCCAGCCUAUCCACGCCACGGCCAGCCACAGCCACCUCCAAGCUGCUCUGUCUCCCCGGACUACCCGUCGUAACAUGCUUGCGACUGAGUUGACCGAGUCUCUUCGCCGUAACCUUCUCUGGGAGCGCCAGCAAAAGUCGUCCACGGCCAAUGCCGUCCUCAAGAGACGUCACACCUCCCAUGACGUUGCCAACCUCAAGCAGUACCCCGAGAAGGUUUGCCUCAAGAACGGUGACGCCCCCGUCAACCCCCAGUAUUUCUCCAAGGACACGGACAACUUCGGAGGCUACCACUCCAAGGGAUGGUAA